UAGCAGAUGGAGCAUCCGCAGGUCUGAGCAGCAUCAGCAGGAUGAAACGUCCGCUCGCUCUCUGCUGUUUCCUCCUGCUGUCUCACACCCUGAGCCCAACGAAAGAGGCCAGAGAUGGGCAACGCCCGGCUCUUUGGAUCAAAAGCUCUAUGAGGAUUAAGAGGAAAAACAUGGGAGGAAAAUAAUCUGCAGCCGCGGUGACGUCAUGCGUCAGCGGCCGGUGCAGCGGAGGUGAGGCUGCCGCCGCCCGCGUUGCUCUGCAAGGUGACCUUUGUUCCCAAGGUCAAAGUGGAGAAAACAAACAUCUUGUGGCAGAAAGACAGAGGAGGAGGUCUGAAAGGUCAACAGAUUAUCACCAUGGCAACACGACACCCACACUGACACACGGUGGUGGCAGCAUCAUGACCUUCUGUUGCUGAAAGCCUCUCAGGUGAUUUCCCACCUGCUCCUGCCUCACCUGCAGGUUACCUGAUCGUUUCCAUGGAUCCCCUCCCACCUGUCGUCAUCGGCGACACGAUCACAUUAAAGUGCAACUUCCAGACGGACGGCAGCCUGAGAGAGAUCGCCUGGUUCCAGGUGAUUGAAGGAGGCAACGCCAAGCAAAAGAUUUUCACCUACGAUUCUGUUUACAACACGAGUUUCUCCAACAUGGAGGACGCAAACAAACGAGAGGAACUGGUCUACCACUCAACAGUACGCCUCCCUGAGGUGCAGCUGGAGGAUGAUGGCCUGUAUGAAUGCCAUGUGGGGAUCUACAGCAAAGGCUCCAGAGAUCAGCUGAUUGAAGCGUCUGGCAGCAUCAUGCUCUCCGUUAUCGUUCCUCCCAGCUCGAUUUCUGUGGCGGCAGCCAACAGCCCCGCGCCGUUCAGCCGCUACGAGGCCAAGAACUUCACCCUGGUUUGCAUCGUCACUGGAGCAAAACCGGCUCCCUCGGUUUACUUCAAACGGGACGGUGAGCUCAUUGACGUGUUUCCAGCAGCUGGGUCUUCCUCCUUGGUGGGACAUCGCAGCAAAGCCUCCAAGAGAAACCGGAACGUGAAGCAGGUUCUUGUCAGAGGAGAUGUUGACGACACCAAAAUCCAGAAGUCCCUGUCCCUGCAGAACCAAGCGGGGAAAGUGACCCAGCUUAGAGAGAAUGAGACGGACAGCGUGGAGCGAGGCGGGGGGGACGCCUCCCGGUCGGAGCCGACCACAGAGGGCAUCCCGGAGACGGUGGUGAGCCGGGAGUUUCCCCGCUGGGUCCAGAGCAGCGACCCGCUCUACUACUUCCAGCACUGGCAGCAGGUGGCGGGCGACGGCACCAUGGAGGCCCGAGCCAUGCUGACCUGGAGCCUCAACCCCCAGCUGGAUAACGAAGCCCUGUUCAGCUGCGAGGUCAACCACCCCGCCCUGUCCAUGCCCAUGCAGGCCGAGGUCACACUCACUGCCCCCAGAGGACCCAAGCUGUCCACCAGCCCCAGUAAGGCCAAGGUGGGAGACACGGUGCGGAUCUCGGUGCUGGGCUUCCAGCUGGGCCCGUCUGCUACCAAGGUGUUCCCGGAGCCUCUGCUCACCUGGACCCGGGUCGGCGGGAACCUGCUGGACGGCAGCGAGAAGCACGAUGGGAGGGAGCUGGUUCUGGAGCGGGUCCCCGCCGAGCUGAACGGAUCCAUGUUCCGCUGCACGGCGCAGAACCCGCUGGGCUCCACCGACACACACACCCGCCUCAUCGUGUUCGAGAACCCAAGACUGAAGAAAGGAAGGGAACAUUUUAUCGCUCUCAACGCAGCGGCCUCUGGGGUCUGCCUCAUCCCAAACCUCCUGGUUCUGCUGAGCUUGACCUGUGAGCUGACCUGAGCCGGGCUCCGCGGCUCCAGCAGAACAGCAGCGGGUCAGGGAGACCGGACCCGGAGGCUCAGCGGACCCGGAGGCUCAGCGGACCCAGGAGGCUCAGCAGACCCAGGAGGCUCAGCGGACCCGGAGGCUCAGCGGACCCAGGAGGCUCAGCGGACCCGGAGGCUCAGCGGACCCAGGAGGCUCAGCGGACCCGGAGGCUCAGCGGACCCGGAGGCUCAGCGGACCCAGGAGCUGCAGGAGGCAGCCGGCUGCGGCAGUGUGUGUCCAGGAACAGGCGCCGACGGGGCCCCGGUCCGGAGGCCGGAUCUGGACAGACGGGUUGAACUUCUCAUUUUGGACGUCAGCCGGAUCUCAACUUUGGACAUUUUUCCAAGAUUACUGGAUCUUUGUUGCCAGAUCUGACUUGAGUUUCCGGCCCAAACAGAACCUAAAACCCGAUCAACUCCAAAAAACAAAAAACCAGACCAGAUUUCAAGUUCUGUUGAAACUAAUGCAUGUCUCUCUCUCUCGACUCAUAACGGCCUGUCAGGGACAAGGAGAACAUUUCCACCAAGAAACUCUUUCAUGUCCUUGUUUUUCUAGAAAAUUUCUAAAAUUAUUCUAAAACUUUUUCAGUUUCAAAAGUUGAACAUUUUUACUUCCACCUAUUAGCUUGGAGCUAAAUAUUUAUCCUGCUAACUGGACAUUAAGUUGGCCAACUAGAUACUUAGCUUCAGGCUACAUACUGGCUAAUUAAAUAUUUAGUUUGGAGCCGAGUUGUAGUUUCAAAACCCAAAAACUUUUGAAGUUUUUUUUCUAAACACUCCCCAAACAUUUCUGAGUGUUUUCUAGUUGAUCUUUGACUUUUCAAACUCAGAAAGUUUUUGGGCAGAAAUUUUCUCUUCUUUUCAACCUGCAACAGGCUGCAGGAUCGAGUUUCCAGCUGAGACAGAACUGGACUCUGAACAAACUGAGUUUUUGUGCCAUUAAAUCACAAAGUUACUCUGAGAUUUCUGUUUUAAAAUGCUACAUAAUGACUUUAUUAACCAAUGACUAAUCAUUGAUGAUGUCACAUUUUAUAGAUUUCCAAUUAAAGUAAAUAAGACGGGA